AUGCCACGUAAGAUAGCCAAAGUACGGUUGAGCAAUCGACAUGAUAUAUUUGCUCACAUUCCGGGCGAAGGUCAUAAUUUGCAGGAACAUUCUAUGGUGUUAAUAAGAGGAUGUAGAGUGAAAGAUUCGCCARGUGUGAAAUCCCAUUGUAUUCGAGGAGUCAAGGAUUUGCUGGGAAUUCCGGAUCGAAGAAGAGGCAKAUCUAAAUAUGGUGCAGAAAAACCAAAAUCGAUAUGAAUGGAAGAUGCCUCUUUCACUUGUUUUUCUCGGUCAGUCGAGGGAACAACCACAAUGUUACGCCCCAAAAUCGAACUAUACGGAGCCCUUCCGAAUGACCUCUCAUGGAGUCUACUACACUA